UUCAAGACGCUCCUCGCCCAUAUUUUAAGUCCUUAUUCCCAGUCUCGAGCACAGACAAUUGCAUGAUUAAACAUGGCCUCCUCCAUUUCUGCAGUGAUAGUAAUGUGGGUGGUUGCAAUGGCCGCGGCAGCAGCAGCAUCAUCACAGACAUGGAUUGAGGGUGAGGCUUUGCGCAGGAGCACUUGGUGGCGGUCUUACAACACUACUACAGGCCAUUGUAAUUGGCCAGGCAUAAGCUGUAAUGCCGGGGGAAGUGUCACUGAGAUUUGGGCGGUUCCAACUCAAGAAAAUGGGCUGCUUACCCAAUUUAACUUCUCUUCAUUUCCAAAUCUGGUUCGACUAAAUUUUAGCUCUCUUGGCCUGAAUGGUGACAUCCCAUAUCAAAUAGGUACUCUCACAAAACUCACCCACCUUGAUCUUUCUCACAACUUUCUUUCUGGUGAGCUGCCUCUUUCGCUGACUAACCUCACCAAGUUAGCGGAACUCAAUCUUGGUUAUAAUCACAUAUCUGGCCAAAUCCCAAGUGAAAUUGGGAAUCUGAGAAAUUUGGUUGGCCUAGUCUUAGAUUGUAACUAUCUCAAUGGUGUUAUUCCUUCGUCUUUAGGCCAGUUAACCCGCUUAACUUCUCUCUACAUUGGUUGGAACCAAAUGGAGGGUUCAAUCCCUCCUGAAAUUUGGAGUUUAAAGAGCUUAGUUGAUAUUUACUUUGAUCAUAACAUUCUCACUGGUGUCAUUCCCUCAUCCGUGGGCCAUCUGACUAAUUUGACUUCUCUCCACCUUGCUUCGAAUCAAAUCACGGGGUCGAUCCCUUCUGAAAUUGGGAGUUUAAAGAAGUUAGUUGAUUUGGCCUUAGAUAAUAAUAAACUCGUCGGUGUGAUCCCCAAGGAACUGGGUAAUUGCCACAGCUUGCGUUAUUUGUCUCUGAAAUUCAAUCGUUUGAAUGGGAGCAUUCCUUCGGAGAUCGGUGGCCUGGUUGCACUACGAAAACUUGAUUUGAGUGUCAAUAAUAUUAGUGGGACCAUACCCCUCCAGUUCCAAAACUUCAACAGCUUAGAGUAUUUGGAUCUCUCUUACAAUUAUUUGGAGGGUUAUGUACCCUUCGAACUGCAUCUUCCAUCUCUAUUUCGAGCAUUCGAACACAAUAAAGGUUUGUGUGGUGACACCAAAUUUGGCAUUCCACCUUGCAGAAAAAGGAACAGAAUCACAAUCAUCAUCAUUGUGGUCAUUUCUUUAUGCUCCGCCUUGCUGAUUUCGUCUAUAAUUUUUGGAGUUCUAUUAAUUUGGAGGCGGAAGACGAGAAAACUUCAACCUGAGGAAGCAACUACCACACAAAAUGGAGACAUAUUUUCAAUAUGGGAUUAUGAUGGUAAGAUUGCUUACGAAGACAUCAUUGAGGCGACGGAGGAUUUCGACAUCAAAUAUUGCAUUGGGACUGGAGGUUAUGGCAGUGUCUAUAGAGCGAAAUUGACCAAUGGGAAAGAGGUUGCCUUGAAAAAACUUCACACCUUGGAAAGUCAGAACCCAACUUACAUGAAAAGUUUUACAAAUGAGGUGCGGGUGUUGUCAAAAAUCCGACAUCGAAAUAUCGUAAAACUAUAUGGCUUUUGUCUACACAAAAGAUGCAUGUUUCUAGUUUAUGAGUACAUGGAAAGAGGAAGCCUGCAUUGUGUCUUGAGUGAUGAAAUUGAGGCUUUGGAGUUUGAUUGGAUUAAGAGGGUGAAUGUUGUUAAAAGCAUUGCCAAUGCCUUGUCCUACAUGCAUAAUGACUGUAUCCCUCCUCUGCUUCAUAGAGACAUAUCAAGCGGUAAUAUUCUCUUAGAUUCAGAAUUCAGGGCCGUUGUAUCUGAUUUUGGAACAGCUAGAUUGCUUGAUCCUGAUUCAUCAAAUCAAACCCUUCUUGCUGGCACUUAUGGUUAUGUUGCACCAGAACUUGCUUACACUAUGGUUGUUACGGAAAAAUGUGAUGUAUAUAGCUUUGGGGUACUUACAUUGGAGAUAAUGAUGGGAAAGCAUCCGAGAGAACUUGUCACUAUCUUAUCAACUUCUUCAUCUCAAAAUAUAAUGUUGGUGGAUAUAUUAGAUCCUCGUCUUGCACCCCAUAUUGAUCCAGAAGUUAUUGAUAAUGUGGUUCUCAUCAUAAGGUUGGCACUCAAAUGCAUCAAUUUGAAUCCGACAUCCCGUCCAACAAUGCAACACGUGUGCAAGGAAUUUGAGACUUGCACCCCAUUUCCUAUACCCUUCCAUGCUAUUUCACUUGGGCAAUCGAAAGAUCAAGAAGUAUGAUUGGAUAAUUGGCAUGAUAUUGGGAUAAAAGUUUGAGUUGAUUUUUCUUAAUUUUAUGUAACUAAUUAAGAUAAUUAUCUUUUGUUAUUACGGUUGUUGACUACAAGAUGCAUAUGAUAUUGAAUUAUGGU